UCAUGCUGAGUUGCGUGGAAGCAGAAAGGGUCCAAUUCUAUAAGUGUGAGGGUGAUAAUAGAAUGCUUUGGGUUGGAAAGGACCUUUGAUCAUCUAGUUCUAAUCCCCCUCUUCCUGCCUGUUCUGGGGAGGAUAAAUGGAUGUUGUCGAGUCAGGAUCUGCACAGCUCAACUCUGAUCUCGGUAACAACUGAACGUCAGCAAAGCAGAAUGUGGCAGGCACAGGGAGCAGAGAAAACAAACGUGUUCCUCAGGAAUGCCAGGGGUCAAUGUCGGGUGCGUGCCAAAGAAGGUAAGGGUGCUUUCAUUGCUGGCUUUGGUGUGGGUGUCUGCCGAAUUGUGGGGAGGAUGCAGGGGCUCAGGGUGUAUUGAGCCAUCAGGAUGCUGUGAUAUGGUGAUGUGGAAUGCGGCUGUCCACAUGGAGUUUGUCCAUGAUCACGCCGACUAUGGCUUUGAAACACCCAGCAUCAAGUUCAACUGGAGAACCAUUAAAGAGAAGCGUGAUGCUUAUGUGAGGCGCCUCAAUGAGAUCUAUGAGAAUAACCUCAAGAAGGCUCACAUUGACAUCAUUCGGGGCUAUGGCAAGUUCACCGCUGAUCCUGAGCCUACCAUCGAAGUGGAUGGGAAAAAAUACACAGCUCCUCACAUCCUUAUAGCCACAGGCGGGCACCCGACUGUCCCUUCUGACAGCCAAAUUCCCGGUGCCAGCCUGGGGAUGACCAGCGAUGGCUUCUUUGACCUGGAGGAGCUGCCCAGGCGCAGUGUGAUUGUCGGUGCCGGCUACAUUGCAGUGGAAAUCGCAGGGAUCCUCUCCACGCUGGGCUCCAAGUCAUCCCUGCUGAUCCGCCAGGACAAGGUUCUGAGGACUUUCGACUCCAUGAUCAGCUCAAACUGCACCCAUGAGCUGGAGAACAGCGGGGUGGAUGUCUGGAAGCACACACAGGUCAAGACGGUCACCAAGUCCCCUUCUGGGCUUUUGGCUGUGACAGUGACCUCCUUAAUGCCAGGCCACAAGCCAACGGAGAAAGUGAUUCAGGACGUGGACUGCCUGCUGUGGGCUGUGGGGAGGGAACCCAACACCCAGGACCUGUGCCUGGACCGAGUGGGUGUGCAGAUGGAUGCCAAAGGCCAUGUGGUGGUGGAUGAAUACCAGAACACCACCAGGAGAGGGGUCUAUGCCAUUGGGGACGUGUGUGGGAGAGCUCUCCUCACCCCAGUGGCCAUUGCAGCUGGCAGAAAGCUGGCCCACAGGCUCUUUGAGGGCAAGCAGGACUCUCGGCUUGACUACCAUUACAUCCCCACUGUUGUCUUCAGCCACCCACCCAUUGGCACCGUGGGUCUCACUGAAGAUGAAGCCGUGGCCGCAUACGGGAGGGAGAAUGUGAAGAGCUACAGUACAUCCUUCAACCCCUUGUAUCACGCUGUCACCCAGAGGAAGGUGAAGUGUGUCAUGAAGCUGGUGUGCGCUGGCAAGGAGGAGAAGCCUCUCUCUUCUUCCCCAAAGGUGGUGGGAUUGCAUAUGCAAGGGCUGGGCUGUGACGAGAUACUGCAGGGCUUUGCUGUGGCCAUCAAAAUGGGGGCCACCAAGGCUGACCUGGACAACACCGUUGCCAUUCAUCCCACUUCUGCUGAAGAGCUGGUGACGCUGCGCUAAGGCAGCAGGCAUGGGUGGCUGCAGAAAACCUUUAGAUAUGUCUUAAUGCCUUACUGUCAGACGGUUGUGUGGAGAGGGGUCUGUAAGACGGCGUAGAAAAUAAAUACUGUGAUAUUG